AUGACCCUCUCUCAGAAUUGGCAGACAUCCUUUCUUGUAUUAGUACACUUUUUGCUUUCUUUUUCCUCGUUCGUCAGUGGACGGUCUGAGCUUAGUACCGAGAAUGCGCGAGCUCAGGCUUUUGCCUUCGAUCUUGGUAAGGUCGAACUGACCCAAGACCGCUUUCUGGGAAACCAGGGCCGGACUCUGCAAUAUCUGAAAGACAUCGACGUCAACAGACUCCUUUUUGUCUUCCGGAAGAACCACGGACUGUCCACGCAGCAGGCACCAUCUAAUGGUGGCUGGGAUGCUCCGGAUUUCCCAUUCCGUUCCCAUGUCCAGGGCCAUUUCCUCAGUGCCUGGGCGCAGUGCUAUGCUGCACUCCACGACCAAACCUGUUAUGAUCGAGCAACCCAUUUUGCCGCUGAACUGGCCAAAUGUCAGGCCAACAACAAGGCAGUCGGCUUCGCGGACGGAUAUCUAUCUGGGUUUCCAGAAUCGGACUUUGCGCGACUCGAAAACGGCACGUUAAAGAACGGCAAUGUGCCCUAUUAUGUGGUGCACAAGACUCUGGCCGGUCUUCUCGAUACUUGGCGCUUGACAAAUGACACUACCUCUCGCGACGUCUUGCUGUCCCUGGCUGACUGGGUUGACAACCGAACGAGGCGGUUGAGUUACAGUCUGAUGCAAAAGACAUUGGAAACCGAAUUUGGCGGUAUGAACGAGGUGAUGGCUGAUCUCUACCACCAGACUGGGAACGAGAGAUGGCUCGCCGUCGCCCAACGCUUUGAUCACGCUGCUGUCUUUGAUCCCCUGGCCGCCAAUCAAGAUAAACUGGACGGUCUUCAUGCAAACACGCAGGUGCCCAAGUGGAUUGGGGCUGCCCGCCAAUAUGAAGCCAGCGGAGACCCUCGAUAUCUUGAUAUUGCUCGCAAUGCUUGGGAGAUUACUGUCAAGGCACACACUUACGCCAUCGGUGGGAAUAGCAAAGCGGAGCACUUCCACGCUCCCAACGCCAUCGCCUCCUAUCUGACCCAAGAUACAUGUGAAGCAUGCAAUUCCUAUAACAUGCUGAAGCUGACUCGCGAGCUGUGGCUUGUGGAUCCCGACAACUCAUCCUAUUUCGAUUUCUAUGAGACUGCCUUACUCAAUCACCUGCUGGGACAGCAGAACCCUCAUGACAAUCAUGGCCACGUCACUUACUUCACUCCUCUCAAUGCUGGAGGUCGACGCGGUGUUGGUCCCGCCUGGGGCGGCGGUACUUGGAGUACGGAUUACAACUCAUUCUGGUGCUGUCAGGGAACCGCACUCGAAACAAACACCAAGUUGAUGGAUUCGAUCUACUUUCACAAUAACUCCACCUUGUAUAUCAACCUGUUCCUAUCUUCUGUCCUCACAUGGCCGGAGAUGGGCAUUACCCUCAAACAAUCCACAAAUUACCCCGUGGGCGAUACCUCCAGAAUGGAAGUGUCCGGAAAAGGCGACUGGACGAUGAAAAUCCGCAUUCCGACAUGGGCAUCAAGUGCAGAGCUGACGCUGAAUGGAAAGGCUUUACCUCACGUCAAGGCUACUCCGGGGACAUAUGCCCAAAUCUCGCGCACAUGGGCCGAUGGAGAUAUCGUGGAGAUUCGUCUCCCCAUGCGUCUUCGUACGGUGGCUGCAAAUGACAAUAAAAAUAUUGUGGCCAUUGCGUACGGGCCAUCGAUCUUGUGUGGCAACUAUGGCGACAGCACACUGAAGAGUACUCCUACCAUCACUCUGGACUCUAUCAAGCGCUCUGGAUCUUCGAGCCUUGACUUUACUGCAAUUGCCGACAACAAGAAUGUCAAACUCGGUGCGUUCUAUGAUGCCCAGGGAUACAAUUAUAAUGUAUAUUGGGCUGCGACAGGAAGUCUCCCCGCUGCAUAG